AUGAGGCCUAAACGACUUCUCGUCCUCAAAGACAUAAGACAUGUCAGGCCUCAAUGCUGCUCGAACCCACCGACCCUGAACCCAACCAGUGGAUUCGGCCGUGUUGAGAAGUUCGGUGGUCUCAAUUCGUACCUCACUGGCUCUCCUAACUCCAAGCUUGCCGUUGUUCUUGUCUGUGACAUUUUUGGGUAUGAAGCUCCAAUCUUGAGGAAGCUUGCAGAUAAAAUUGCAGCUGCUGGCUUUUUUGCUGUCGUCCCUGACUUUUUUUAUGCAGAUCCUUAUGUACCUGCAGCUGAUGGAUCGUUCGACUCUCUACCUGCUUGGCUGAAAGUUCAUGGAACGGAGAAGGGAUUCGAAGAUGUCAAAGUUGUUAUUGAAGCUCUACAAAAUAAAGGCGUUUCUGCAGUCGGUGCUGUGGGCUUCUGUUGGGGAGCUAAGGUUGUAGUUGAACUUUCAAAGGGUGACUCUGUACAAGCUGCUGUUCUGGCUCAUCCCUCAUUUGUCACUGUGGAUGAUAUCAAGGCUGUCAAGGUUCCAAUUUCUAUACUUGGAGCUGAGAUUGAUCGGAUGUCCUCGCCUGAAGUCGUGAAUCAAUUUGAAGAGGCUUUGGCAUAUAAAAAAGAAAUCAAAAGUCAUGUGAAGAUAUUCCCAAAAGUGUCGCAUGGAUGGACUGUGAGGUAUGAUGCUUCAAACGAAGAAGCUGUGAAGCCCGCUGAGGAGGCUCAUAAAGACAUGUUGGAGUGGUUUGCGAACUAUGUCAAGUGAAUGGUAUCAUCAUUGUAAUGUUAAAAUAUAAUGUC